UGUAGUGGUGUGUUUCUUGAUGGAAGUGCUGAGGAAGUCAGUUGACAAGUUUAAAGGUUAAAAAGUGUUGUAGAUGUGUGCGAAGGCUGUGACUUUGUCAUUAUGUCAGAUAAAAACUCCACAAGAAUAAUGAAGUCCUCAUCUGAAGGUGAAAUACUUGACAGGGAAGAAACACAGUUAAUAAAUGAGGCUGCCGAUUUUACUAGAGCGAACUCCUAUGCAGAGCCGAAGUUAAAACGCACCUUCACUCUUCCUAGGAAUCUUUUGUCGUCGAGAAUGAGUAAAAGAAGAGCUAAACAUAAAGAAGGUAAAGAUGUCAAUGCCUCAAAUGCGCAGACAAUUUCGGAAGUGCAAAAUACGGAUGCCCAAAAGUCAAAUAAAAAAGUGUUUAGAGUUCCUUCAUGGAAGAAGUUUAUAAACAAAGUGGUGCAUCAUAUGUCGACCGUAGGUGUUCCAAAUAAUAAAUAUGUGAGUGUUAAUUAUAAAUACGACAGGCGUAGACGAGAUACUGUAUCGCUAUCGUCAUCCGAUAUUAGGGUACCACCGACUCGCCCCGCCCACCUUGCAAAUCUGGUAAACAGUGACAAGGUCCCCGGUGUAACAGGACUACGUAACCAUGGGAAUACGUGUUUUAUAAAUGCAGUUCUUCAGUGCCUCAGUCAUACCGAUAUUUUAGCUGAAUAUUUUGUUCUGGACCAAUACAAAGUUGACCUCUCCCGUAGGAAUAAGUUGAAUUCAAAAAAAUAUGGCACGAAAGGUGAAGUAACAGAACAGUUGGCCCUUCUCCUAAAAGCUAUUUGGUCGUGUCAGUAUGACCCCGAGAUCACCAACCAAUUCAAGAUAGUUGUCGACAAAUAUGGUAGUCAGUAUAGAGGUAACAAUCAACACGACGCCCAGGAAUUUCUUCUGUGGUUGCUAGAUAAAGUGCAUGAAGAUCUCAAUACGGCGACGAAGAAGAAAUACAAGAUUAUUAAGAACUCAUUUGGUCGACCAGAUGAGGUGGUUGCUGCUGAAACAUUGGAAAACCACAUUCGCUGCAACAACAGUUUCGUGCACGCUGUGUUCCAAGCUCAGUUUAGGUCAUCACUAACAUGCCCACGUUGUAAACGGCAGAGCAACACGUUCGACCCCUUCCUCUGUGUGUCUGUGCCUGUACCGCAAAACCAGACGAGGCCCGUGUACGUCACGGUGCUGUACACUUCGCAGCAGCCGAGACAGGUGAAAUUAGGUGUCUCUCUCCCGGCUCAAGCAGAAGUACGAGAAUUGCGUGAGCUGUUGGCAUCUGAUACAUGCAUCUCUGAGAACCACAUGCUGCUCACAGAAAUAGACGAUUUUGGCUUCCAUCGCACAUUUUCAGACACUCAGCCAGUGUCGAUAAUUAAGGAGACUGACCCUGUAUACUGUCUGGAGCUGCCACAGCUGAAAGAAGCGACAGAGGACAGCGGCGCCUACAUCCUCCUGUGCUGGGUCAACUUGCUCGUUGUCGAUGAUCAAUGUGCAAGGUUUAGCAGUCCAUACACAAUGCAAGUUGGUCGUGAGACAUCUUACAAAGAUCUUCAGAAACUGAUCCUGAAAGAAAUGAACACAAUUCUUCAUGAUGAUGUUCUUGUCAAUUCACAGGAUAUUCCUCUGUUCCGCAUGCGCAUUGUUGAUGGGCUGGGAGGUUCACCUACGUUCCUGGAUCCCCUCCUCGACCACCCACUGUACAUGGAGGCUGUAGAUCAGGCACUUGCCCUGUGUGAGAAGGAAGCAGGACCUCCUCAUCUGAAGCUGGUCUUAGAAUGGGAUCUCCAGGCCAAGGACAGCACAAUUGCUGAUGACAGUGACCAAAUGGAAGAACUUGCCAGUGUAAAGCAGCUGAAGAUGAGUACAGAGCAGGGCGGAACUGUCAGCUUGGAGGAGUGCUUCGAGUUGUACACACGAGCAGAAGUGCUGAGCGCUGAAGAUGCCUGGCAUUGCCCAUACUGUAAUCGCAAGCAAGAGGUAGUCAAGAAGUUGGGUCUGUGGUCUCUGCCAGAUAUUCUUGUGAUACACCUAAAACGUUUCAGACAGCAAUCCAAGCAGAGGUCUACAACAAAACUGACAACGCUGGUCGAUUUUCCUCUAUAUGGGUUCGAUAUGAAUCCUCACCUGGCUGACCGACCAAACGGCCCUCCUCCUCAAAACCUGUGUUCACCGGGUGGUGGUGUCCUCGGCGGUCUCGGCUGGUCUCCAUGGAAACGGCCUCGUCGCACUCCUAACCGACCGGAUGACAAUGUGUACGACCUGUACGCAGUGUGCAACCACCAUGGCCAGGAUCCCCAGGGUGGCCAUUAUACAGCUUUCUGCCGGAACCCGUACGAUGCCCAGUGGUACUGUUUUGACGACACUCGCGUGGAGCCCGUCUCUGAGACGAGUAUAGUGACAUCUGCCGCCUACAUCCUGUUCUACCAGCGCCGGGGACUGAGCACGGGUUCCUACUCGGCCAGCUCGGCCGCAUCCACCAGCUCGUCGGGCUCUGGGCUUGACCAUUGGGUCUAUCGGAUGCCUGCUUUCAACCACUCCAUUAGCCGUUCUCAGGAAGACCUCUCCAACAAAGAAUCAGAAGAAAAUGCUGCGCCAAAUUUCACUCGUGGUGCUCGUAACUACUCGACGCUGCAACCGCAACCGACAAACAAGCGUUCAGUGGCCACGGAGACGGAAGCCGAGCAUUACUCUGACGAGGAUGCGCCACUUGCCUCUCCCAGGAGUGACUGGCCAAAGGAAGAGCAGAAAUCAGCUGAGAACGAGGUGCCAGCAGAGGUGACACAGAAGGAGUGUGCUGAAGACCAGAGGCAGGAUGUCUCUUGUGAAGCUGGAAUCCCCCCACCCCCACCCCUGCCGAGUGCAGAUGUCCAGCCGCCUACAGUCGUCACGGAGUCGUGUGUGUGACAGGAGGAGGACUUUGUUUUUCCUCACGUCACACUGCUGGCAUCGUUUCCCUGUUUCACAUUGAACAUCAGUUUCUAUAAGCAGAAGACACUUGUACAAUCUGCUUCGAGGCUGCUGUGAGGACUUUUAUGUGAGCCUGAAAUUGCUCUGUUAAACAGGGAAACAAACCAUUACACCUAAACCGUUACUCAUCGUCGGUUAUCGUGUUCUAGGCUUCUCAUUAUGCGGCAUAUUUGCUUUAAUGGCAGUUACCUCACUGAAUUCCAAAGUACAACUAUCAUGAAGUUCUAUUUUAGAUGCCUCUCAAAAGUAAUACUGAAUGCAUAUCAUGAUGUAUUUUCAAGUGUAAUAUUCCUAUUGCACAGUUGUUUAUAUUUCAAGAUCUGUAUAUGAUGUAGUGCAGUUACAGAAUUUUGUAAGUAUGAAAAUGAUACAAAGUAAACAUUUAGUUUGGAAUACAGAGGAGAUUCUUUAACAAUGUUUCAAGUCAUUAUAGAGAUGCUACUUGAAUAUGGAUCAUAUUCCACAGUUUGUUUUGAUAUUUGUACUGCAGAGAAAAAGCUCUUCAGCUAAUACAUUAAGAUCAGAUUAAUUGUGGCUUUCUAAAAUUUAUUCAUUUUUUUUAAAACCAUGUCAGCCAUUUGUAAAUUGAAGCAGAAAAUCAAGUUAGAGGCAACCACCAUGGUUGCUAAAAUGUUAGCAGUUGAGCUGGUGACUUACUUAAAGUGAUUUGUUGGUGCAGUUUAUGGAUGGCUGGUUUACAUGUUCUGAAAUUAGCAGAGUGUUUGGAGAUACUUGCACCAAUAUUGAUGCACUUCAUCCAUAAAAAAAUUAGUUCAGACAAUAAUUAUUACUUUCAUUUUGUUAACUUUUUAAUCAAUUUAUAACAUACUGGUGGAAUGCCGAAGUUUUUCUGUAGAUUUUAUGAACAAUGCAGACAAAUGUGACUUAGUCAAGUAACUGAAACCAUAACCACCUAUCAGAAACUGAUGCAACAGUUGUGUACUGGAAUUUUCAACUAUCUGUUAUUGUGAUUAAGUUAUCCUUGGGAGGGGGGGGGGGGGUGAGAGAGCAAGUGGGAGAAAGAGAAAGAUUAAAAUUCAGAAAUGUGGAUUGAAAAAAAAAAAAAUAGGAAGAUAAUGUAAGUGAUGGCAGCUAACCGAAGAUGUAUCGAAAUUAACCAAAUGCUGUUGCAUUUGUAUUUCUGUAAUAGGAAUUUGUUUAUGGUGCCAGGUAUUUGUAAUGAGGACAUUAAUGUAUCUUUCUUAGAAUUUUUUUGUGUUAAAGAUUUUUAUUUUUGCAAUAAGAGGCAUAUGUUUUGUUUUACAUGCAUGUAGCAAGAAAUGUAAUUUAUUGUCGAUUACAAGUUUUGUCAAUGUCAAUAAACAGAAACUUUAUUUCCUAGUAUCGUAUACCUCAUAUUAUCAAAAAUUUCAGAAAUUUUCAUGGAAAGUGUGUUAAUAUUUCUCAGCAUUCAAAUAAAAUACUGAUUAUUUGUUUUACAUGUUUGAAAUACUUGGUGUGGUUUACAUAUUUAUAUUAUCAGUUGCACUUAAAUUGUCAUGGGUGAAAUUACACAUAUUUAAAAAGAACUCCUUGACUAAAGUAAUGUAGCUUAAGACAGGAAAUCAGCUCUCCCACAUUAAAAGAAAAGAAAAGAAAAGAAAGACAAAACCAACAACAUACUUUGGUCUACACAAACUCUGCAUUCCCCCAUGCCGCCUCCCAAGGAGGAGGGUGAUACAAGCUUUGAAGAAAAGUAAUUAAUACCACCUCUCCUAGCCCUCAGCCCCAUUCUUCUUAUCCUCCUGAUCCAUAUUCUUUUAUCUCCACGUCUUGUGCACAAGAUCUGAUAACUCAUUAUUUUCUUCCACUUGGUACUGUACUCCAGUUUCACAUCAAUAUAAGUAGUUCUGUUGUCCAACAAUUUUUCUGCAUUUAUGUUGAAACAAGUACACAUUCAUUUAUAAUUUAAAAUGGCAUAUGAUCAUAAGACAUUUCACAGAAUUUAACUGUAAUGUCUAUUAUGUAAAACACAACACAGUAUUACACAUGUGCAUCAGAAACACCAUUCUCCCCUACCUUUUCAUGGGGCUCUGAAUGUGACAGUUACUUUGUAAGUUCUACAUAGCCAAGCAAGAUAAUGAGUUCUUUUGUUUUGCAAAUGAAUAUCCCUUCCUUGUGAGAAAGAGAGGAAAAAAAGGAAACAAAAUUUGUGGGAAUAGCAAAAAUGAAGGAUGAGUCACAAUUGAGAGAAUAGAUGGGAAAGGGGAGGCUCAUGACAGUAGGCUUAAAAUGUUUUUCAGUGGUCUUCAGUGGUCUUUUGGUUGGAUAAUUGUACAUUGGUGGCAAAUAAAUUAUGUAGCAAUUCCUGAACGAUAUCUUUCAACCUUUCAGUGUGUCAUAUCCUUUAAUUCACAACUCUUGAAAAAUGAAAUUGAAUACUAGGAGAUUGACGUUUUCUGUCCCUGUUUUUAUGACAUUAAAUUUUUUGUACACACUUAUUGUUUUUCUUUGCUUGGUCAUGAAACUCAACAUUUUGUGCCAUUUAGACCUUUAAAGUGAACAGGUAGUAUGUUUGCAUCAGAGACAUAUUUAUUUCUCCCCAGUUUGUGUAGAGAAGUGUGUAAUUUAUUGUUGAUUCUGAAAUAGUGAACACUUCUGGCAAAUGAAACCUGUAAUGAAACAACAUGUUUGUUGUCAUUAGUCAUUCUGGAAACACGACACUGGCAAAUCUGUGCUCAUGAACUUCACGGUGUACAGUAGAGAUAUCUAAGCUGCCCUCUUUUCUUAUCCUAACAAUCUGGUAUGGUUCAUGUCAUCGACAAAACUCAUGUUUCACUUACUGGAGCACAGUUGGCCAAAAUUUUCUAUAAUUAUUCUGUGUAUUAUUGUGUUGUGAUGAGAUGUUGGGCAUAGUUGGCCGAAUGAUGUAAAUAUUUGUAAAUAAAUGUAAAAAGACAUGUAAUUAAUUUGCUGCUGAUAUCAGUUAGGAAUUACUGAUUUAUUUCUUAGUGUGAGCUAUACAUUUUGCGUUCCAUGGUGAUUGCAUCCAAAGUAUUAUACAACUAGUAUCAGCUUGUGAUAUACGUUAUUUGCCUCUCGGUUUUUGGUAUAAUUAGAUGAGACAUGCUCAUAUGCCAUCAAAUUGCAUCACCUAAUUAAUUGAUGUAUCAGUCUCCCAUCACACUCUUGCAUACAAUUUUGGCACUUGAUGCUGCAAUCGUCUUAUGACAUGUAACAUUCCAAGCCAGUUGCACAUAAAUGUAAAAUGUCAGAGAAAAAAUUUAUUUUUUUUAGAACACUACUUAUCCUUAUCAUCUCAUUGACUUGCAGCAGAUAAUUUAACAUUGUGCUACUUCCAGCAGCGUGAUUACCACUGGCCGUUUGUUCCACAACAAUAUUAGUCCUCAUAUUUCAUAGGCAUACUGCAAUAUCCCUUGUCUCUAUCUUUAAAGUGUUUUGUGGACUGUGUCUACACCAUCUUUUAUUUCAUAUUUUAUCUGUGUCUUACAAUGCACACUAUUUAAAACACAUUAUAUGGUUUUGCUUUCUAAUUAACACAGUUCUUUCAUUUUUGCCCAAGCAUCUGUUUCCACAGUCAUCAACCAGCUGUUUGAGACAUUGAUAUUAUUACGUUAGUUCUUAGCUUACUAGUGAAGAGAAAUUUACUAUUUUGUAAACUGUUCAUUCAGUAACUCGUGCUUUUCUUUAUUUUUUGCAGUCAAAGUGGAAAUGUAAUGUGCAGGCUUUUAGCUGUUGUCUUCCUUUGCUCUUUUACACCUUUAUGGCUCUAUCUUUCACUAUUAAUACCUCCUAUGUCAGCUGAUGGUAAUUUGCCAGAUGUCAGUGCUCUGCAGGAAAGUUUAAAUCUUCACUCGUAACCAUAAUGUGACUUUUGAUAGCAUAAAAACUGAAUAUUGCAUUGCUGAUAUACCUCUUUGUUGUAUUUAGCCCAUAUUUAUUUCAGUAUGAGGUACUUUGUUUUGAUAGUAAAGCUGUUGUAAGAAAGUAGUACACAGGUGUGUUUCUAGCACAGAUAUUACUGUUAAUCCUAGCCAGUUAGAGGCAACUACAGAACCAUCUCUGACAACAAUUACUAAAUGAAACUGGUUGAUCAGGAGCUAUGGUAUUAUUUUAGUCUUGAUCUGUUCGAAACUUUCUGUAACAUUCUUGCAGUAGUGCAUAAAUACAGACAUUUGGUAUCUGAGACACAAUUUUUUCACCCUUUGCAUAGUACUGUUUUCUAUUCCUUUCCCGUUUUGCUUUCUGUGUGUAUUAUAAUGCUGGCUGAUUAACAGCGUCUUCUGUAGACACAAAAUAAAGCUUUUGAGACUGUAGUUGUAUAAAUUGAUGAUUCUCUUAAUCAUUCCAAAAAUGAUUUGCCUAUAUUUAUAUUUGUAAAACAGAUUUUCCAUGUAUUAUUGUACAUCAUAUUAGGUAUUUGGCAACUAUUUUACUAUAAAUUGCUGUGAACUGAAGAAUAAGACAUUAAACAUUUUACCGAGCAAUGCAAUGAGAAAUAAAAUGCCGAUGGGACAACUGGAAAGAACCAUGUCCAGCUGUCAUUUCUUUGGUUUCUUCACAAUUUUACUAAAUCACUACAAGAAAAUGUCAUAACUUCUAACACUAUGUCAAAACAGGCCUUGUAAGGAAUCUCUAAUCAGUGUGCUGUUGAUAGUUAGAAAACACAAUCACAGCAAACCUCACCAUUUUCUGAUGCAAAUCAUUGCUGUUACUUUUCAAAUACAUCAGUCUUUCAAACAGCGUUUCUUCUUGCCUAUGGUUCCAAAGUCUUGAACACUGUUUAGAAAACAUCAUCCAAGGAAGAGAGAUUUCUCAUGUGUAUCAUUUUAGCAUCCUUUGUAAUUUAAGAAAUGCAUCUUAGCAUCAGAAUCAUUCUAAUAUUUUGUUUUAAGUUGUGACAUAAGCAGUACAUUCUAUCACAGUGAAAGGUUUGUAACCAGUUGUGGAUUCUGUGUGAAAAAAUGGGCAGUUGUCGUAGGUAUACUUGUAACUGAUACAUGUAUUUUUCAUUUAUAAAAAUAAAAUGUAAAUACCGUGUAAUUUUUUGUUAAAGAGCCACUUCUGGUUAUUAUUCCCACUGGUGUUAAAAAAAAAAGAAAAGAAGAAAAAUAUUCUCUUUCUUGUCACCACCGCAAAUUAAACCUUUGCAUUGUAUGGAUCUUCUGAUUAUUUGUCACUAGACCUGAAUUGUUUUCCUGGUGUUUUUCCCACACACAUUGCACCUAUGGCAUCAUGUACUUCUUUAGCAUGUUCCUGUGCUGUUUUAGUGAGCUACUGCGUAUUUUCUUCACUUUACGCAAACCUAUUUCUCUGCUACAAAUUUAAUUGCUUUGUCGUCUCGUUUCCUUGUAAUACCGUGUAAUUGUUGAGGGUUCCUGAAGAUCACACUUUUCUGUGAAUCUAUGUUUGCACAUUAGUAAUUGGCAUUUACCACCCAUACCCUUCUGCCCUUUUUCCUGCAGUAGAUAGUAUUUGACAUCAACUGAAGUGUAACAGCGUGCUGGACAGUUCUCCCCCUUCCUGUGUUUUCAGAAUUCAUUCCCGAGCCAGUAAAGGCCCAAGCGACACAAGCUGCUGCUUGUGGGUUCAAGCUGAGAGGACUGCCAGUGGCACCACAGCUUUUAAGAAUCUUACACAGGACAUACUGCAGUUAGUAUUGAAAACUGACAUGGGUGAAAGUGUAGGAGGGAAAAGGGGCACCAAAUGAUAAGUUGCUUGUGUGGAAAAAUGUUCUUGAACCGGUCCUAUUCAUUCUAUUACCGAAACUGCAAACACCCAUUGCUGGCAGCUUAAUACAACUGCACAAUUUUAAUAUGUCAAGCCAGCAUUGCUUACAAUCUAUCAUUUUUUAAAUUUAUAUUGGGUACUGUUUUAAGUUUUCAUUGUUUGCAAAGUGACUGUCCCUUCGCAGAUGACAAAGCACGUUCAACACCGUCGGUUGAACAGAAGAGGACAAUUGAACACUAUAAAUUAGAAAGGGUCUAAGUGCAAAAAAUAAAGACCCGAUAAAGGUCGAUAAACAUAUUUUAUUUCAAUAGAAGAUUAGUCAACAGAAAAUGGAAUAUAUUUUAUGACAGACAUUUUGUAUGAAUGUGUUAUGAAAGAAAAUAAUCAAGAAAAUUCACUGUUCCACUAGAAAAAUAUAUUUGAAAAGGGGUAUAUGUACCAUUUUGACUAACACAUACAAAGGCCUUAUCCCCAAACACCCUUGAAAUCAUUGUCCAUAUUUACAGCAACAUAAGGAUGUUUUGCCCUACUAGAUGUUAUUAAUGUUUCCGGAUCGUGUGGUGCAGACAUCUUAAUGACACGCUUCCUCUUCUCAAUUAUAGCAAAGUCAUGGUUGCAAGACAGAAACAAAAGACUGUUAUCAACAAACUUAUGACUGAUUUUAUUCAAGCAACCUUUUGCAGAUGAGUAAUAACCAUCAUCUUACUUUGUUUUGUAUGCUACAAUUAUCAGUCCAAAUUACAGGCUUUCUCUUGUUGGAGGUAAGAAGGGAAAUAGCUUUCAAAGACACAUGUAUGCAUUUUCAGUGUCACAAAGAUGAACGCACCAUGUUCAGUAUCACAAACAUGAACACAAAUAUUGAAACAGGACAGUUGACAGUAGCAGAGCAUCUCAGAAUGUGUCAAUAAAGGGAUAUAAAAUACCUUCUGUAAAUUGGCUGUGAUCACAUGUGUACCAGUACUAGGUGUAUGUGACAAAAUUCUAUCUUCAUGUAAUGCAGACAUUCCCUUUUCUGGUGACACUCAAGGGCUGCUUUGUGUUUGGUGUUGCUUUGGUCCCACUUAAAAUUUGGCAUGCAGUAAGUCACAAGUACUAAAAGUAUCCAAUCUGAUCUGUCCAAAUGUCGAAUUAGGAAAAUUCUUGAAUGUGUGAGCAUAUUAUCGUAAUUUUCAUACCUGAGUAUUGGACAGUAAAAUAUUUAAAUAGCCUCGAGUCAUUCAAAUCUGGACUUAAUCACUGAUUGCUCUCUAUUUUAAUGAUUUUUCUUUUACAGGAAAAGAUUCGAUGUGUUCACAUAUUUGCUUCCUCACUUCCUGUGAGUACAUUUUUGGUGCACUGUGUUGUCCCCUGUUAUCAACAUAAACAUAUUCUCCUUUUUCUCUUGCAAGACUUAGAUAUGUUUGUGAGGCAGGAAAAAAGAAAUUACGAUGGACUUGUACAUGACUACCGUUACCAUCUGGAACAGUGUAGUAGCCUGUAGUUCGUAGGAGAUUUUCUGCAGGACAUCAUCAUAUUUUCCAUGCCAUCUUCUCUUUACAACACCUAGCUGCGUAUGACCAAGAAGAAAUGUUUUUUGUUGCUCCAAUGUGCUGUAAAAAUCCAAAAACAAUUGUUGGUUAAAUUCAGCUGACAAAGCAUGACAUUCUUCGUUACACUUGUAGUAGUGGUAGUAAUAUUGUUGUUCUUAUCUGAUUGCAAGAUUGAAAAUACAGAUGUAGGUUAUGAUAGGAGUAUAAAUAUAACUUUCACUUACAUGAGCUUUUGAAGGCUGUUUUGCUGGCCUAUCUUUCUGUCUGCAGUUUUUGUAGGUUUGUCCACUGUUCCGUAGUCUCUUCCUUUCCCUGGAAACACUUUCAGAGCAUCUCUUUCUCCUUUUUAGAAAGUUAACAUCACCACUGGAAGACAUUUUGUACUACAUGCAGUAAACACAGUGCUACCAGCUGGUGAGAACAAGCAGGGAUUGGACCCUUACUUGCUAACGUACCACUGGAGAUACAGCACCUGCCAUAUUAUGAGGACAUUAAAAACUAUACAAAAAACAUUGAAGCCAUAAACCCUUUAUAAAAGUAUUCUGCAUGAAACAUUGAUCUUUUUAAACCACCUAACUUGCAUUUGCUUGCUUUGACACAUAGACCCUUUCUAUUCAAUUGUCGAUUGUUGAAAUUGAUUCCAAACCAAAGAAAACUGUACCAUUAAGUGUAAUGACAUUUUUGUUAAGUGGAUUACAAUGUAAAUUGCAAAUAUAGCAGUUUUUUAAAAUAUUGAUUCUUCUGUAAUUACAUACACCUUUAAUUUUUUAUAUGCAGUUAUGUAAGGCUGUAUUUUCGAAACAGUUGUCAGUUUAAGUGUAACUCCAUCAAGAAUACUGUCAUAUGUCAUUAGCAGAUCUAUUUAGCCAUCUGGAAACUAAUUUGUUAAACUAACCAGUGACAUAACUUCCUGCCAGAUCUUUGUCUCCACUUAGGACCAUUACUUUCACAAAGCAAUUUCAUGUUCAUAUUAUACAGUGUUGUAUAGAAAAAUAUUAAAAGAUAAGUGUGUAAUUUUCAGAAAACAUCAACAUGAAUAUGCUUGCUUACAGAGGAAGAUGUGUACAUUGAAAACUAAAUGUGUGUAAUUUCAUCAGAAAUACCAUUCAUUGAAACAUUUAAUCAAAAGAACAUUUUAAUGGCGAAGGAAACUCUUUACAACAUUACAGUUAGCUACUAAUGUGACUUGACUGUUUGAAAGAGUUAAACAGACUAAAUGUAGACUCAUAGGUUCUAUUUAUUUUUGCAUAUGUGAUAGAAAAAUUUAUCUGUUGUUGCUGCAGCUGCUGUGCUGCUACUUUGAUUAAAACUGAUGUCAUGAAUGGUACCCAUUACUUGGUCUAUAUUUGUGUAUACUGUUUCUCCCUAGAGGCUCGACAUGUACAGGGAAUUAAUGUUAGAUCCGUAGAAAUAGGAAAAUUAUCAAAUGAUGUGUGAGAAAGUGGGAAAAGCAGCUGAAGUGCCACCUUAAUAAUUAUUAUUAAAAAGACACUUGCGAGAGUAUCUUUGCUUCUGACUGUAUGGAGUGGUUAUCUAUGUCAAAAAUUUAAAAUUGGUGUGUAAUGUAAGAUAAAUUGUGAUUCUGAACAUGAGAAAAAUGUAACUUGGACUAUAAAAGUGUGUUAAUUUGCACUAUUACCAAACAUGAAAUGUGCCUUGUGAGUCCUAAUAAAUAGUUAUCAGCUCAUGA